AUGGUGACAACCGACUCGGAGCCUGUGGGCCACGCCGUGAUCCUCUUCUACAAGUAUGUGGAGGUAGCGGCGCCGCUGGAGCUCAAGCAGGAGCAGGAGCAGCUGUGCGAGCGUCUGGGGCUUGUGGGUCGCAUCCUCAUCAGCGAGGAAGGCAUCAACGCCACGCUCUCCAGCUCGUCGCGGGCCAAGAUCGACGAGUACAUCGCCUUCCUGUGCGCCCACGAGGUCUUCGCCAUGCGCGCCGAGGACUUCAAGCACAGCUUCCAUGCGCACGAGAACCCGCCGUUCGUGGGCCUCAUCGUCAAGCACGUCAAGGAGAUCGUGUCCACGGGCGGCGUCGUUGCUCGCCCGGACAUGGCCGCGUCUGAUGAGGAGCGGGGCUACCUGACUCCGCAGCAGUUCCAUGAGGCAAUGCGCCAGGCUGUUAAGGACAAGGAGGGCACGGUUGUCUUGGAUGUUAGAGCGCACAAGGAGUACUUGAUCGGCCAUUUUGAGGACGCGGUGGAUCCUAAGGUCAAGAACUUCUCCGAGUACUACACGUUCCUGCAAAACCGCGUGGACGAGAUGAAGGAUAAGAAGGUCCUGAUGUACUGCACCGGCGGCAUUCGUUGCGAGAAGGCGUCAAACUUCCUGCGCAGUCAGGGCGUGAACGACGUGCACCACCUCAAGGGCGGCAUCCACAAGUACCUCGAGGCGUACCAGGACGGCGGCUUUUUCCGCGGCAAGAACUUCGUCUUCGACAAGCGUGUUUUGAUGGGGGCUCAAAACAGCAACGAAGUCGUGGGCAAGUGCAUCGAAUGCCAGACGCCGCACGACGAGUUCAGCGGCCGGAAGGUGUGCACUGUGUGCCGAGACCUGGUGCUGGUUUGUGAUAGCUGCUACUACGCUCGUCACGGCGAGGUGCACUGCACGGACCACCAGUACCUAAAGGACUGCUACGUCACGUUCCUGCAGUACCUGCCUCGCGCGGACUUGCUGGAGCACCAGAAGGCACUCGAGAAGAUCCUGGCUGGGCUACUGGAGGACAAGAACAGCAGCAAGAACAAGCGCCGCUCUAUCCGCAACCAACUGAACAAAAUCGCAGCUCGCCUCGAGGCGAUCGACGCCGACCCGGAGGCAGCAGCAGCGGUGCUGGCGCUGGACCCCCGCCCCAUCCAUUGCCGCACGUGCGGUCUGGACACGUGCAUGGGCAACUGCUGGGGCUUCUGGAGCGACGAGGUGCUUCCUCCUCCGCAGAACUGA